AUGCUGCGCGUGCUGCGCAAGGGAGGAGCGGGCCGCGGCGGCCGUGUACGCCCCGUUGGGGCGAUUCUGCGUCGCUGGAAGAGCGAAGAGACCGCCCCACCGGUGCAGAAGCUCAGCGACGACAUCCGCCGCUCGCAGGAGGAGACACGGCGUGUGUUGCUGCUGAUCCGCACCUUCAAGCAGUAUGGACACUACGUCGCCCAGAUCGACCCACUGCAGAAACGGGAAAAGCUGCCGGAGCUGGAGCGCUGGAUCAACGGAGACCGCUGGGUAGAGACGCCUUUCUUCGACGAGUUCAAUCUGCGCAGCCUCGCGUCCAAGAAUCUGCUCGAGCUCACGACGCACGGCUUCACGGCCAGUGACUUGGACCGCGAGUUCUUCAUCGGGCAAGAUCUUUCAAUUGGGCCUGUAGCGACACUGCGAGAGAUUGUGACGGAGCUGCGAGAACUGUUCUGUGGACACAUCGGACUGGAGUACCAACACCUGCGCAACCGUGACGCUGCGUUAUGGAUCCGUGAGCGCCUGGAGAAGUACAAGAAGGUUGAUAUGCUGCGCCAAAUGGUGCAGGCAGAACUCUUCGAGCGAUUUCUAGGCCGACGUUUCUCCGGAGCUAAGCGUUUCUCUAUCGAAGGAGGCGAGAGCUUGAUUCCUGGUCUCUGUGAAUUGCUGGAGAGCGCCAGUGACCACGGUGUGGAGGUCGUGCAGAUGGGAAUGGCUCAUCGUGGCCGUCUAAACGUCCUUGCCAAUGUUCUGCAGCGACCUCUGCGCUCCAUUAUUUCUCAGUUCCAGCCAUACUUGCCAGAUGAACCGGAUUACCCGAACAACUCUGACGAUGUCCGGUAUCACCUCGGAACCUCGUCAGGCAUUGAAAUGCGGAACGGGAAACGUCUGGAGGUGAAUUUGGCCGCUAACCCGUCGCACCUCGAGGCGGUGAACCCUGUUGUGCUUGGUCAGGCGCGUGCUUGCCAAACCCAGCUAGGAGACAAUGGUAGUCGCGUUAUGCCGAUUCUGAUCCACGGAGACGCUUCAAUGUUCCAGGGAUCGGUCCGAGAGGCAUUGGGAUUCAGUUCACUGGAGGACUUUCGAACGGGAGGAACGAUUCAUGUGAUUAUCAACAACCAAAUCGGAUUUACCACGCUGCCAAAGAACGCUGACUCGGCAGUGUAUUGCACUGAUGUAGCCAAGGCUUCCAGAAGUCCGAUUUUUCACGUCAACGCUGAUGAUCCGGAGGCAGUAGCGAAGGUGAUGAGAAUCGCCGUUGAAUUCCGACAAACUUUCCACUGUGACGUGACUGUCGAUUUAGUGUGCUACCGUCGGCAUGGCCACAACGAACAAGAUUCACCUGAAAUCACAGCACCAGUCAUGUAUCACUUCAUCAACAAGCACCCGACAGAACACCUUCUUUCGGAGUAUCACCACUCGCGUGAAAUGCAUUCUGGAUGGGACAACCCGGGCGACACGUCGUGGAAAACCGAGUGGUAUGCGGAGAGCAAGAGCUCGCCACCAAAUCCCACUGAGGAAGCUCCAACCACCUGCCAACUAGGCGACAAGCAAGUUUACGAUAGAUCGACAGGUGUCGAUAAAAAGUUUCUCGAGCAGGUUGGGGCCCAGUUGUUCCGGAUCCCCCAAGGAUUUUCUGCACACCGAAAGGUUGAAGCCAUUAUGAACAAUCGUCUGCGCGCUGUUGAGACUGGGGCCCGCGUGGACUGGGCAACGGCCGAAAUGCUAGCGUUUGGUUGCCUACUGGUGGAAGGAGUUGAUGUUCGGCUCAGUGGACAAGACUGCGAGCGUGGCACGUUCAACCAACGUCAUGCCGUUCUUUACGACCAAUUUGAAGCUCUGUCCGGACGCAAUUCAUCGUACACGCCCCUGCAUAACAUUGAUGUGGAGGGCAUCAGGAGCAUGCUGCAAAUGACUGGAUUGGAAAAAGCGCCGCGAGGUCGCUUCGAUGUGGUCAAUAGCCCCCUCAGCGAAGAAGGUGUGCUUGGAUUCGAGUAUGGCUAUUCAUUGCAGACUCCCAUGGGUUUGACGAUAUGGGAAGCUCAAUUCGGCGACUUUGCCAAUGGUGCCCAAACGAUGAUCGACACCUUCAUUACUACUGGCGAACAAAAGUGGCAACGGCAGUCAGGUAUCGUUCUCAACUUGCCCCACGGCUUUGAAGGGCAAGGACCCGAGCACAGUAGUGCACGGAUCGAACGUUUUCUCCAGCUAGUCAAUGAAGACAGCGAUGAUUUCGCGGCGGAGGAAGAUGUCGAUGCUGCCAAUACGCGAGCAAAUGUGCAAGUGGUGAUUCCAUCCACUCCUGCUCAAUAUUUCCACGCGCUCAGGAGGCAGAUCUCCUCCAGCUACCGCAAACCUUUGAUUAUGUUCACCCCGAAGUCGCUUCUCCAUCACCGCCCGUGUAACUCGGAUUUGGCUGACUUCACGCUUGGGACUUCGUUCCAGCGAGUGCUCCCGCCGCACCCUGACGACCAAGUGACGAUGGUGAACGACGAUGAGAUUUGCAAGCUAGUUAUCUGCUGCGGCAAAAUCUACUAUCCUGUUCGCCUUGGCCUGCGAAGCCGUGGAAUCCGAGACAUUGCCACGGCUCGCAUCGAGCAAUUGGCCCCGUUUCCAUUCCAUGAAGUGGCCGACUGUAUUGCUCGCUAUCCGAAAGCAGAAAUCGUGUGGGUCCAGGAAGAACCGAAGAACAUGGGCGCUUACGCUCAUGUAUUCCCUCGGCUACUGACGGUGAUGAAGCAGCUCGGAGACUCUCGAAAGCUGUCCUACAUCGGACGCCCACCAUCCGCGUCACCAGCGACAGGACAGUAUGAAGUCCACGUUCAGGAGAUGAAAACGAUCGUCGAUGAGGCGCUGGCAUGA